UUUCCUGAUUCUCCGACGCGAUUCCGCCGGAGUCUGUGAGAUUAAUCGAUAGAUAAGUGCGUGCAUUCAUUUCGAUUGUUUUUUAUUUUUCUUCAAAUCGAAUGAAGUUUUCUAUUUCAGGAGUGAUGUCGAGCAAGGGAGGGUUUAAGACGGCGGCACCGUCGAGGCUUGGAGAUUGCAAAUCUCAAACUCCGGCGCCGUCUCCGGCGGGUAGGAGCCACCGGAAACCGCCAUUACAGCAGAACCAGAUGAGGCGGAUACUCCUACAACAACUCCACCACCAACAGCAGCAGCAGCAACAGCAGCAGCGGCAGCAGAGGUCGGAGACAGUGAAGAAGGAAGCUACGCCGCCGGCGUCGGCGAAGGCGGCGGGGAAGAGACCUGUCUCCGGUGACUCUCCGAUUUCUCCUCCAUUGUACUCACCGCCGCCUGUUAAAGCUCCUCCGGCGGUGGAUAUUACCAACUUAGAUCGUGUGAUGGAGGCGGUAACUCCGCUCAUCCAGGCGCGGUUCUUAUCUGAGGUGAAUCCCGGGGAAUAUGGAGUAAAUUCGGAGCCUUUUUAUUACAUGGAGGAUCUAUGGGAAGCAUUUAAUGAGUGGAGCGUGUACGGAGCUGGAGUGCCGUUACUUGUAAACGGAACGGAUCCGAUCGAUCAAUACUAUGUCCCAUUCUUGUCGGGAAUACAGAUGUACAUCGAUCAGGCAGAGCAUUCUCGUCGCCCUGGAGAGCUCGGCCAGACUAAUGUCGUUGAAAGCAGCAAAUCUAAAGCAAACAACAAAGGCAAAUCUGUUGUUUCUGCGGCAAUUUCGACUACUUCUCAGCCAGUUUCUGCUGCUUUUCCAUCAAAAUCACUACUGUUUCAAUAUCUGGAGUACGAACAGCCUUACGGCCGCAGGCCGUUAACUGAUAAGGUGUCGAUACUCGCGUCGAACUGCCCGCAGCUGAAUAAAUGUCGAAGCUGCGAUCUUCUCCCAAUAAGCUGGCUAUGUGUAGCUUGGUACCCGAUUUACAGGAUCCCGGUUGGCCCGACGCUGAAAGAUCUCGAAGCGUCGUUCUUGACAUUCCAUUCAUUGUCGACGCACCCUACAAGUAUGUUUCCUGCUCAAUUUCAUCCUCCGAGCACCAAAAGGUUUAGCAGCGGCGGCGGAACGGCGAAAAUCUCGUUGCCGGUAUUUGCUCUGGCGGCGUACAAGCUAAAGGGAUCGAUCGUGAGCCCUUGCGAACCGAUCGAGUGCGCGCAAGAGAUCUACCUUAUGCAAGAAGCUGAGAAUUGGCUGCGAUCGCUGGAAGUUCACCUGCCGGAUUACCAUUUCUUUCGCAUUCAUUCUUUUCGGAGAUAGACGAGCCAGCCGGGCGAUUGUCGAGCGUAAGAAACGUCGAAAUUUCGGGCUUUUUCGAUCUAUAUAGAGAGGUACUAUAUAUGCAUGAGAUGGUUCUUUUAAGCUGUUUUUUUCCAGUGUUUGCUAACUGUAAAAUUCACUGGAUAAUAGAA